UUUGAAAAUUUAGAGAAUUUUUAUAAUUUUAUUUUUUAACAUUUUAAUGUUUGUUCUCUUUUAUUUAUUAUAAUAAUAAAAUAUUUUCUUAUACAUCAUUUGAUGUAAUGUACAUAUUUGAAUCUUAUUAUAUUUCUAACCUAAAAAAAGAUUUGCAGAUUAAAUUUCAUAAAUAUACAUAUACUUCUUCGAUAUUUCUCAUAAAAAUGAAACGAAAUACAUCAAGUCAUUCGCAUCGCGAUGAGAGAUUUAGACAAUCACGCAGUGAAGAUAGUGAAACUGGUCUGCGUUCAAGAACAGAAGAAGAACGAUUACGACGUAGACGCGAAUGGAUGAUACAACAAGAACGGGAACGAGAACACGAAAGAUUGAAGAAAAAGAUGAUUUUAGAAUACGAAUUACGACGUGCUCGUGAGAAAAAACUAGCAUUAUCGAAAAGAAGUAAAACUAAAAGUAGAUCCCCAGAAAGCCGGGGAGGUAGAAGUAAUGCAUCAAACACAUCUAAAACAUUUAUAUUAUCCGAAAAAUUAGAAUCUUCAGAUGGUACAUCUUUAUUUAGAGGACCAGAAGGUACUCAAGUUAGCGCAACAGAACUACGGAAAAUUAAGGUAGAUAUUCACAGAGUUUUGCCAGGAAAACCAACAACAACAACUGAUGAACUUAAACGAGAUAUUAUUAAUCCUGAAGAUGUGAUGCUCAAAAGAAGAACGGGAGAAGGAUCUAAACCUAUAUUUGAAAGAGAAGAAAUAAAAAAUGUAUUAUCAAAAACAAAUGAAAUUACAGAACAUCGUACAGUUUUAGCUGUAAAUAUUGAAAAACCAGAAAACGAAACUAAAACAUGUAAAAAAUAUGCUAUUUCGUCAAAUUCUUUAAGAAGUCGAAGUCGUAGUUUUCAACGUACGACAUCCUGUCAUUCCAGAUAUGAAGAUUCAAGACAUGAAAACAGAAGUAGUUAUAGAAAUGAUAGGGAAAGAAGUUGCAGUAGAGAUAGAAGUAGAGAAUACAAAAAAAAGGACAGACGAUAUGAUCAAUUGCAUAAUGUAGAAGAAAAGCAUUUACGAGAAAGAACAAAUCGUAGACGUUAUUCCCGUUCAAGAGAACGAGAGCAAAAAUCAUAUAAAAAUGAAAGAGAAUAUCGAGAAUAUCGAGAAACAUCGAGAGAACGAUCUCGAGAUAGAAGAGAACGAGAAAGAUCUAGAGAACAUAGAAUAAUUCCAUCUUAUAUUGAACAAAUUCCUGUUCCUGUUUAUUAUGGGAAUUUUCCACCAAGGCCAAUAAUGGUUAGACCUUGGGUUCCAAUGCGUGGCCAAGUACCAGGAUCUAGGCAUAUUGGUCCAUUAACACCAUUUCCACCACGAUUUAUUCCUCCAGAUAUGUAUAGACUUCGUCCACCUCCAAAUCCUAGAUUUGGACCUAUGUAUUAAUGAAAAAUGUGAAAAUCUUAUAAUAGAAAGUUAUAUGAAUAAUGAAUAAUGAAUUGAAUAAUAUUGAAUAAUAAAAUAUGAGAUGACAUUUGACAAAAAAUAAGAAUUCUAAAAUCUCAUGGUCAUGAUCGAAAUUGGACAACUGAUGGCUCACAAGUCAACUAUACAUUAUUUCGUUUGUACAAAAAAUUGUAAAAAAAUGUCUUCUUUCAUACUUUUAAAGAAUUUUGUUUUUAGAUGAUUCAAGAAUUUUUCCUCCAUUAAUGAAGUACAUAAUAUAUUUUUGUAAUUGUUUCGCUAUUCAUAAUCAUAUUUCAUAUAUUUUGUUUUACGUAACUAUAUAUAUAAUAAUGGUUAGUAUAUUUAUGCUAAAAAUCAAUUAAUUAAAAGUCAUACAAUUCCUCGAAGAAAACGAGGAGAACUCGUUUAAUCGAGAAUCAGAGAGCUCACAGAAAGGAAAAAGUUAGUAGAGUAUAUAUUAAAAAUUAGCUGUAUACAUUGAUAAUUUAAGAUAGUCAAUGUAUAAGAUAUAAAAAUAUUGUAAUUUUUUUAAUUAUUAUGUUAUAAGAAUUUUAA